GUAACUAAAGUGCAAAGAGAGUCAUGUUCAGCCAUCUCUCCCUCCAUCCUCUCCAUCUGCUUCGCAUCGCAUCCAAAUUCCCGAUGUAUAGAAGAAUCGCGCAGCUCCCGCCAAUCAACCCUUCCCGAAUCUGCCAACUUCAACCUCGUCAAUUCUUUCUUUCCUUUUCUCCUCCUUAUCAUCAGCAUCAUCCCCAUUUCCUACCUCCUUCCCUCUAUUCCAUCCCUAAAUGUCUUCUUCUUCAUCUUUCCCCCUUCCUCCUCCUCGUCCUUGGUAGGCAUCAACUCCCCCGUCAUCCGCUUUGGGGUGUUGUGGAAGGGGGUGUCUCGUGGUCAAAUUAAUUCGUUUCCUUCCAAUUCAUUCUUCCAUCCCCGAUCGUUCGAUCAUCAUGGAUUUGCGCACCAUUAUGAAUAGCGAUGCUGCGGCCUCUUCGCAUCGCGCCCAAUCCCCCUCAGCCCAUCAGUCACCGUCGCAACAACUCGCCCGUAAAGCGUCCGAUCCGGUUUAUCCUGCACACGAGCAACACGCAUCGCCGUCGUCCGCUACAUAUGCGUCAAACUAUCCAGGUGGGCCAUCGCAACAACCUCCGCCGCUCCAGCGCACCCACACAUCUCCAGACCGGUCCUCAUCCUACGGUUCGUUGCAGUCGCCCUAUCAGUAUCAAGCCUCAUCAUCGUUGAACGCGAGCGCACAAUCCCAACGCGGCCAGAGCCCCCCGGCUCCCUAUGGCUCCUCUACUUCGCGUGACUCCUUCGCGGCGCCAGCCGGCUAUAAUCAUUCACAACAACAACAACAAUCCCCGAUCGCUCAUCAGCGCUCUCAAUCAAUCCAAGAGAGCCCUUCCGCGGCCGCCCCCCAGCCAUACCCACCGCAACAGUUCCCUCCUCCCGCACAAGGGUCGCUUCCAGGCACACCCCGGGCUUCUAUUGCCGUCCCUUAUCAGCAUUCACCCCCGUCCUCCGCUCGUCCGCAGUCCUCCGGCCAUGAUUCUUUGUCCAAUCGCGCGUCCAGCCCCUGGGUUGGACAAGAUGCGCAGAUACACAUGUCCCCAACAGCAGUUCCCCGCGCGGCUCGUCACGGUUCAAGGCCACUCGAUCAGACACCGCGCCAGAACUCGGUUGCGACCGAGAGGAGAGAAUCGGAUGAGAGUGUUAGCCCCAAGACGACAUUUGCUCCGGGGUCCCGAAGACAGAGUACGGCAAGUUAUAAUGAUCAAUCUGCUCCAUCGCAGCUAAAUCACAUUGAGAAUGGCAUUGCCGUAAAGAACACUCGCACCUCUACGCAAAAUUCUCACCCCGGCCAACCAGCGACAACGUCGCAGACCAGCUCCCCUUCGACCCAGGGAUUUGUUGCAAAUGAGUCCCCCAAGGUGAAGCGAGAGCGUUCGCUACCGCCUAAGGCAAACUUUUCUCCGGAAUCUAGCCUUAUCAAUUCGAGCCCCCAGGCCCCAAAACGGAAACGAAGGCGUUUCAACGAGCCGCCAAUAUAUGCGCAACGAUCAGUUCGCACUAAGGGGAAAUGCCCCAUGAUUCCAAAUCGGUUCCCACCUAUCCCUAAGCACGUUAGAGACACUCCCCAAAACCCGUGGUUCACGCGCCAGCAGGUUUCCUUCCAGGCUGCUCCUCCCCCGGUAAAAGCCAAAACAGAGAGUCCAUCUACAAAUGGCCCACCAGCCGCUGCUACAACAACAACAACUACUACUGCUGCUGCUGCUGCUGCUACUACUACUACUACCGCCGCUGUCGCCGUGGCCGCUCCAGUGCAGCAACCUGGAACGGCACAGCUGAAGAGUCUUGGACCAUGGGAGCCCUCCAUCACUGGGUUUAUCCCCCACGAGGAAGUCACCAAAUUGGUUUGCGAUUUCCUCUUUCAGCAUGUGGUUCUCAGGAAUGAUGCCAUGGCAGGUCCCGCAGGCUCAUUAUCCGCUGGUUCAGGCGCGAUAAUCGAGGUUGAAGCGAAGCUGGGCCACCUUGUGGAUCUCGACCGGGGAGAGAGACUUAGCCUACCGAUAUUGACGGAAAGUGUUAUCAGCAGAGACAAUCCUCGGUUUCGAACCUCCUUUCAAAGCAACAUGACUCAGGCACAACAUCGGGCAAUGAACAACUUCCUCAACGAGGCUGUGAGAGCUUCUAUGCCGCAAGCCAACCCGGGGAGAAUACCCCUCUCAUAUGCUCAUAAAAAAGAACGAGAUACGUUCUACGAAGUAUCUCCUUCUGAACUCCCACCUGUGAUUCGACAAAACCUCAACCCCCGGCAUAAGCCCAAAGUAAGGGUCACGGUUGACCAACGCACUGGCGAGGUUCUAGCUAAGAUUGUGAAAUGCCGAGUAGCCGAUCUCGAUGUUCAUAGCCCUCGUACCUGUGUUGAUUGGCGGGUAAGUGUUAACCUGGAAAUGAAUUACGAUGGAGACCAUCAACAUCUCCCACUGGCGGAGACAGGUCGGGGUAGCAGCGAUCGAAAUAAGGACCGCAUGAGCUAUCGACACCUGGCAUAUCAGGUCGACCUGACUCAAGUCGCCAGGUCUGAGCCAUCCGCGAAGGGGGAAUUUGAGCACGAAUUGGAAAUCGAGGUGUCUGCCGCUGAAAUCCGCCGUCAAGGGCAGCUUGCCAUGGCCGGAGACCCGAAAAAUCAGUACGAAGAUCUCGUUAAAGGACUGGUGGACAAUAUUCGCGUAUUGGCGCGAGCGGUUCCUCCCUAAAUGACGUCCUUGAGAUUCCAUUCACGAUUACACCUCAUCCUGCAUUACCGCCGCCGCUUUAGCCGGGCUAAAAUAAUGCUUACCUUUUCUUUUCUUCCUUCCACCUUUAUAUUUCUUUCUCACUUCGAGCCAUCUUUGGCUCCACUCCCCCUCCCUUUUUGGAUCAUUAUUUAUGAAUUAGAAAAGGAGUUUUUAAUUGCAGGAUGUGGUCGGCAAAUUCCGACGAAGAAAGGAGACUGGGGACAGACUGCAAGGAUGAUAUCUUCCUUUCGCAUUUAUGUUUUAAUAACUAUCUAUUAUUUACAACAACGUGCUACAAAAGAACACUAGAGAUGAACGGACGCAGAGAACCCAUGGGAUAUAUUUUCUCCCCUUUCGCCCCUUCAUUGCAUU